AUGGCAGCGCGGAAGCGGAAGGCGCCGGCGAUGGCGGCGGGCGGCGCGGCGCUGUGGCGGCGGCUCUCGGCCUGGCUGCCACGGGGCGGCCUCGGCCUGGCCGCGCUGCUCGGCCGCCUCUCCGACCGCCUCUCCCGCGGUCGCGACCGCCGCGCCCGCAGAUCAUCAUGGCUCCUUCUAGCCCCACUACUCAGCCCUCCUGUUCCAGUGGUCACAGCCCCACCGUGCUCCCUCUGUCCAGAAGGAGCGCACAGGUUCCAGUGGAUCAGGAAUCUGGUCCCAGAGUUUGGGAUCUCCAGCUCGCAUGUCAAGGUGCUUUCAUCCCCGGCGGAAUUCUAUGAACUCCUCAAGGUGCAGAUCAAAGCAGCCAAGCAGAGGGUGGUGAUGGCCUCGCUGUACCUGGGAACGGGAAUCCUGGAGCAGGAGCUGGUGUAUUGCUUAGAAGAAACACUGGAGAAGUCACUGCAAGCAAAAGGCUCACCCGACCUCAGAGUUUCCAUUCUCCUCGACUACACCAGGGGCUCCCGGGGCAGGAAGAAUUCCCGAACGAUGCUGGUCCCGUUGCUGCAGCGAUUUCCCGAGCAGGUCCGUGUGUCCCUGUUCCACACCCCAAACCUGCGUGGGCUGCUGCGGCUGCUGAUUCCAGAGCGUUUCAACGAGACCAUCGGGCUGCAGCACAUCAAGGUCUAUCUGUUUGAUGACAACGUGAUCCUGAGCGGUGCAAACCUGAGUGAUCUGUACUUCACCAACCGUCAGGACCGCUACGUCUUGCUGCGGGACUCUCCCGAGAUUGCAGACUUCUUCACAGAGCUUGUGGACGCCAUUGGAGACGUGUCCCUGCAGCUGCAGCAGGAUGAUACAGUCCAGAUGAUGGAGGGAAUGGUACACCCAUACCAAGGAGACAAAGUGGCUUACUGUGAGAUUGCCAACAGGAGGGUCAUGGAGGUCAUCAACUCUGCCCGCACGCGGCAGGAGCGCCUUCACGCCGAGACUUUCCACAGCAGCCAUCCAGGCAGCUCCCUCUUAUCCCAGCAAGGCUCUCAAGCACCUGGGAGUCUGAAACCAGAACCCGACACCUGGAUCUAUCCCUUAAUCCAAAUGAAACCUUUUGGGAUUCAAAUAGACGAGAUGGUCACAGAGACCCUGCUGACAGAGGCUGAGCGGGAUGCCAGGAUAUACCUCACCACUGGCUACUUCAACUUGACGCAGGCCUACAUGGACCUCAUCCUGGGCACGAGGGCCGAGUACCGGAUCCUGCUGGCCUCGCCCGAGGUCAAUGGGUUUUUUGGUGCCAAAGGGGUGGCAGGUGCCAUCCCGGCUGCCUACGUUUACAUUGAACAUCAGUUUUACAGCGAGGUCUGCUGCCUGCAGCAGCAGGAGAGGGUGCAGCUGCAGGAGUACUCCCGUGCUGGCUGGACGUUCCAUGCCAAAGGCCUCUGGCUGUACCUGGCAGGGAGCGACCUGCCCUGCCUGACCCUGAUUGGCUCUCCGAAUUUCGGAUAUCGAUCGGUUCAUCGGGACUUGGAGGCUCAGGUUGCAAUAGUGACAGAAAAUAAAGCCUUGCAGCAGCAGCUGCAUCAGGAGCAAGAGCAGCUUUACCUCUGCUCAGGUGUGGUCUCAACAUCAACGUUUGAGCAGCCAAGUCGUUAUGUGAAACUGUGGGUGAAGUUGGUGACACCUUUGAUCAAGAAUUUCUUUUGAAAGGAGAAAUGUUGCUGCUUUGGCCAGACAGAUGCUCCAUGCAGGAGCGUGAGGAGUUUCUGCUCAGUUUGCACUGAGCCGUCACACAAAGAGCUGUGUGGAGAUGGAGAGCCAGCAGAGGGAAAGGAGUCAGCGCUUGUGUGCAGUUGUUCUGUCUGGCUUCCCACGGUGGUCUGGCUCCCCACCAGCACCACGUCAGAAACCACCAGUGGAAAACCAGUAUCCGCCCUGAGAACCCCGUGUGCUGCGAGAGCAGGCUCCUCACGGCAGCGCUUCCAGCACUGGCUUUAUUCAAACUUUGCUAAAACGGUUCUGGUACAAUCAAACACAGACUGAGUUACACAACGGGGAGGUUUUUACAACUAAAAGUACUGCUGUUUUCCCUUGUC